AAGACAGAAAUCGGCAAAACUGUACGCAAACUAAGCAAACAAAACGACUCAGAUAUCGGCAAAACGGCUAAACUGUUGUGCGUCUCCUGGAAGGCAGCCGUCAAAGAGGAACAGGAGAGACAGGCCCUCGAGGACAACGAUAGCGACGACGACAAUCACAACGAUGGCUACGAUUAUGACGAACCGGAUGUCAGUGUUAAGCGAGAAGAGGCGGAGGAGCCGGAGCUCGACGAAGAUCCUGAUGAACAGGAUUUCGACGAAUCCUUUGACAGAACUCUGAAUGUAAUGAACGAUAAACGAAGUGAUGAUAAGAUUAAGAGAGAGUAUAACGAUUCGGACGACGGGUCCGAGAAAUCUCCUGUAAAUGAUAGACACAAACAUCGGGAUCGAGAGGAGAGAUCAUCGGGUGAUAGGAAACACAGAAAACAUCACAAAUCGAGUCAUAAGUCGCGCGAAAGCGAGACACAGAAUGGCGUGAAAACAGAGUUUGAUUUACUAUUGGGUCUCAACGACCAGAUUGUGAAAAGGGAUCACAAGAAGGGUUCCGUCGCCAAGAAAACGGAAACGCCUGAAAAACACCACAAAUUAUCCAAUCAUUCGUCAGAAUCCAAGAGUCAUAGCAAACACAUUAAGCGCGAGAGAGGGGACGGCGACUAUAGUUCGUCUCAGUCUCGGCCCCCAAAAGAGCUGCAGUCACAGCAUAGGCUUAAAUCGCUGGAGCACUCGGACAUACUGUCCAGUCUGCCGACGCCUAACUAUAAACCACUUCCCAAUCGAGAGAUUAUUGACGAGAGGGUGGAGGCGGCGACCCGACGGAAGACGGUUAAGGCCAACAACGAUGAGCUUAGUUAUAACGUUCAGAGCAAAAAGGGUCGGACGGCUGUGUUCGCGGGUCAGGCCCGCAACCGGACCUACACUCACGUCCAUAAGCUGGAGGACCUGUGUAUCAGUGUAUUGACGGACAAUGUGGACAAAAUCUACUACUUGGGUGACGCGCCCUACUAUCUGCUCAAAACAGUGCUCCAGAAGUGCAACACUAAACAGUUGUCACGAAUUGAACGCUUAAAUCCUCAAAUAAUGGACGAAACGGACGAAUUAUGGCAAGAGUUCUGCAAAAAGGAGUUCAGUAGACAACGGCCCGAUUCGGACGACGACGAGAGUUGG